AUGCCAUUUCUCACUGUUGGGGUUCUGCAGGGCGAAACUCCCUCUGGAGUCCAGGUCGCUCUCCUUAGUCUCCGGCUGAUCCAGGUACCAGCGGCUGGAUUUGCAUGCCGAGGGGUGGUCCCGGGUUCUUGCGCCAAGUUUCUGGGCAUCCCGCCCCCCUCAAGGAAGGGAGCGGUCCGGCGCGCGUCUUCCCUCGAGGGCGCGAAAGGGAACUCGGAGCUGCUCCGCGCCAGGGCCCGGCUGUCCAGCGGCGAAGCCGGGCGGGGCCGCGGCGCGGGUCCGAGCGCCCGAGGCGCGGGCGGAGCAUGUGACCACGCCGCGCGGGGCCGGGCGCGCAGUGCCGCGCGGUGGCGGUGGCUGGGAGAGCAAUGGAGGCCGCGGCCGCCUGAGAGGCGGGUGCGCUGCCGGUGCUGCUGCGGAGGCUGCUGGUGCUGCGAAGCCGCCGCGGGCUGUGCAUCCGCGCUCGCCGCCCGCGCAGGAUCGCGGGUCGCCGUCCGGCCGCUCUGCCACCCCUGGCGCUUGACCAGGACCUCAGUUCACAAGAGCAGUGAUUCCCUGGCUUUUUCAACAAUGUACCCUGUUUCCUGGCACACUCACCACUGAGGGUAAAUUCUUUUU